AUUCACUGGACACGAUGCAUCUCCUUCCUUAUGUGGACAGCGCGAGCUGGCUGUACCUGGACCCGAAUCCCGUUUUUUCCGUACACCUGCCGAGUGCCAACUUUAAGUGCGACGCGUCCUUAUGCGGACAGCAACAACAUUGUCAUCGCAGUCAUCACCACCGUCAUCAUCAUCAUCAUCAUCAUCAGCAGCUGCAGCAUUAUCAUCACCGUCAUUGUCGCCAGAGAAGACACCGUCGAGUAUUGAGCGAUCCCGGUGGAUCGCGCAACGCCGUCGCCGGUUCCAACGUGGCGGGUAGACACCGAAGAGUACUCAGCAGCAGUGCCGGCGCCGAUCUGAUGCGCGCGUCAAUAGACGAAGCCAACGAAGAGGACACGUCGCCCGAGGAAACAGGAACGUUGACCUUCAGAAAAGUGCCAUGGCACCCCAACUUGCACAUGCUCAAGAUCAGAAGAACGUAGUAGUGGCUUCAACACGCUUUAACACCGAUCGAUCGCGAGUGAAAAAGUCUCUGAUAACACGAGACUCCGAGCAGCUGAUCUUUCUCGGAUGAUUCUCUGGAGUUUCGCGCUAUUUCGAGACUAUAUCGUUGUUAAUUGUAGCAGCAAAUGAUGCGUUAGAUGUUAUAACGAUUUCAGUACCAUAUAAUAAAAUUAAUUCUCCAAAUAACUCAAUUACACAUUCCUAUAAUUACGAUGAUACACGAUUGAUGAGUGCGUUGUAUCGAGCGGGCAGUUCAAUUUGGCAGUUUGCGAAAAUUAUCAAUGUAAUUUUCAACUUUCACGCAAAUAUGACGCUCGUUUACUUCCGCAAACACGACGGAUUAUUUUUUAUGAUGAUUGAAAGGCCGUUUCUCGAAAUUGCCACAAAACGAUCAAAAUAUCCGAAGCAAAGCGCUCCUAAUUGUCACAAUGUCUCCGACCAAAACAACUUCACGUGCAAUAUAUCUAGAUCUAAAUCCUUUAUGCUAUAUAGUGUACAAAAUGAUUCGAUGCUAUAGACGACGUUGACACGUGGUCCCGUCAUCGCUAUCGCGAGAGCCAUCGUAUCGUAUUCGGGGGAAUAGCGAUGCAACACUCUGUAUCUUUAAUAAUUAAUGCAGAGAGAGAGAGAGAGAGAGAGUGUGUGUGUAUGCGCGCGCACGUGUGUGUGCGUGUGUUCUUAUAAUCAAUAAUACACGUGAGUAUUUUUGUACAUAUUUAUUGCAAAUAUUUUAUACGGAUUUAUAGCGGAACGAGGCAGACAAAAGGAAAGACUAUUGGGAUAAUUAUCGACGAAACAAAAUUGCUUAAUAAAAAUUUUCUUCACUGACACUCAUAAACUGACAUUACUGAUAACAUGCAAGUGGUAAAUUUACAGUCUCUGGCCAUGUUAUUAGAUAUACCAUAAUAUUUUACAUUUCAUUGAUUUCUGAGGGCCAGCUUUAUAAUACGGCUCAUCUAUCGAUCGAAUUAUAUUAAGGAACCAUUAUUCUAUGAAAGGUAUUCUAUGAAAGUGAAAUGAUGUGACACCUCAGAAAGUAAGAGCGCUGAUUGACACUGAAAAUGAUUCUAAUCGAGUAAAAAUAAAAUUUGUAGCUUUUCUUCUUCUAAUCUGUAUUCCAUUAAAGAAUCAAAGUGCGUCUAAUAAUAUGGCCAGGGACUGUACACGUUAUUAUCGUUGAGAAAUUUUCCGAAAAUCCUAAAAACUAUAUAUUUAAAAGUAAAUUCCUUUGUAAAUUCAUCUUUAUAUUUUAAUCAUUAAUUCUAGGAUAUAUCAUCGACAAAAAAGUACACCGUCUUCGAUAAUUUUGAUAUUUCAUAUAAGAAAAACGGACUGUUCAAUUGAUGUAUUUUACGAUUGGAAAUUGUAGUAAAAUGCUUAUUGUUCUGAUAAAUGGAGUUCUGUUACUUCUGAACUCUCUUGUGGAAUAUUAGGUCGUAUAAUUCGCGAAUAUCUCAUGAAUACUCAACGUGGCAGUUUAUAUCCAUCUUAAAAUGAAACAACAUUACAUUUCUCGGACGAAUUAUUCAAUAUGAAAAGUAGCGAAGCCUGCUUUAAGAAAGAGUGAAAUGCUUGAUCAAUUCAAGUUUUCCUCACUUAAAUAGGGUACUCCUCCAAACGAUAUCAAAAUAAUCGAUUCUAAGAAUAGGGUUUAAUGUAAUGUGUGUGUAUGUGUGCGUGUAUGUAUUUCGAUAUAAAUAUCAAAAUUUUAAAACUGUUUCUUCUAUGAAAUUAUCCAUUUUUUGAUUCUCAUAGUUGACAAACUCUUAGGAUCUCUAUGAGGCCAUAUAUUUUAAAUUACAGUCUGAGAUAUUAGCGUCUGAGAUAAUAAACAUCGGAAGUAAUCGCUGAUUAAAGGCCAGUUAAUGAGGAAUAUUUACAUCUGUUGUAGGAAUCACAAUUUUAUAAAUCGAACAUAUUUGCUUGUGGCAUUAUUUAAAAACGAUAUUCGAUAAUACUUCUGCCCGAGAACCUUUUCGUUUCGCGAUGAGGACAUUAAGGUAAUAAAGCGUAAUUCAUGCAACAAAGUCCGUCUUAAAAAUAAAAAAAAAA